UGUUGAAAUAUAAUGUGAAAAGUAAUUAAUGAAUUUAUCCUAAUGUAAAUAUAUUCAAUGUAAUUGUAGGUAAAACUUGUGUUCACCAUUAUAAAAAUUACACCAAUCAGUAAAAACUUUUCUAUCUUCUAACUUUUAAUCAUUUUAUUUCCUCUCUUAUGUGUCUAAGUUUUAACACAACCGUCAAGUUUGUAAUAAUUUCUCGUAGACCUAGGGAGCAGACUUGCAGCUCACGAUACGGACAAACCGGACAUUAAAUUAGAUUUCCAACAAAACUCGUCUGGGUUAGAAACUUAGAAUACCGAUCAAGUGAAGUAAUUAUGGAAGUACUAAGUAGUACUCCAUCCUACAAUUAGACUAUUAAUCGUCAAUUGUCAUUACCAUUUUCAUCUUUUCCCCUAAUCUUCUCCCAAAAAUUCCAAAUCCAAGAUUCGAAGAAAUUAGGGAGAAAUAGGUGUUAACCCUAUUUAUUUUAAUUUCUACUGAAAUCCAGGGAUGUUGAGAUUUUAAAUUAGAUAUUGUGAUUCGAUUGAUCAAUUUUCUAAGAAUUAAGAUUUCUCAUGGUUUUUCGGAUUAUUUUGAUUUCCCAUUUCCUCAUAUUUUCCCCUUAAAAAUAAAAAUAUUUUCUUCAGGGUUUAGAUUUUUUUUCGCCAUACACACGAGAAAUUGAAUUUGAUAAAAUGGCAAGAAGUAGAUCAUCAUCUUGGUGGAGAUAUGCUAAUCCAUCAUAUUAUCUGAAGCGACCCAAAAAGCUAGCUUUGCUGUUUAUGGCAUUUGUUAUUGGAUCUUUGUUUGUUUGGGAUCGUCAAACUCUUCUUAGAGAGCAUGAGGAGCAGAUUGAAAAGUUAAAAUCAGAUGUCAGGCGGUUGCAGGAAGAGCUUGAAGGGUCCUCAAGUGCUAUGAAAAUAAAGAAUGAUUACUCAGCAAAAAAGGUCGUUUCAGAUGACCCACUUGAUGCUGAGCGGCGACAGAAAGUGAAAGAGGCUAUGCUUCAUGCUUGGAGCUCAUAUGAGAAAUAUGCUUGGGGACAAGAUGAGCUCCAGCCCCAGACAAAGAGUGGUGUCAAUAGCUUUGGAGGUCUUGGAGCUACACUUAUAGACUCAUUGGAUACAUUGUAUAUAAUGGGCCUGAAUGAACAAUUUGAGAGAGCUAGAGAGUGGGUCGCCACGUCAUUGGAUUUCAACAAAGAUUAUGAUGCCAGUGUCUUUGAAACAACAAUAAGAGUGGUUGGAGGACUUCUAAGUGCAUAUGAUCUCUCCAACGACAAAAUUUUCCUCGAAAAAGCUCAAGACAUUGCUGAUAGAUUGCUGCCUGCAUGGGAUUCUUCCACUGGUAUACCAUAUAAUGUUAUUAACCUGGCUCAUGGAAGACCACAUAAUAAUGGAUGGGCUGGGGGUGACAGCAUAUUAGCAGAUUCAGGAACCGAGCAACUCGAAUUUAUUGCACUCUCUCAGAGGACAGGGAAUCCCAAGUACCAGCAGAAGGUAGAAAAUGUAAUAUCAGUGUUCAAUAAAACCUUCCCAAAUGAUGGUCUUCUGCCUAUUUAUAUUGAUCCUAAUACUGGAUCAGGAUCUCGUUCAACAAUUACUUUUGGUGCCAUGGGUGACAGCUUUUAUGAAUAUCUACUCAAAGUAUGGAUACAAGGGAACAAAACUGCUGCUGUGAAGCUGUACAGAGAAAUGUGGGAGAAAUCAAUGGAAGGCCUUUUGACUCUUGUUCAGAAGACAACACCGUCAUCCUUUACUUAUAUUUGUGAGAGAAAUGGGAAUUCUUUAAAUCAUAAGAUGGAUGAGUUGGCAUGUUUUGCUCCUGGAAUGUUGGCUUUAGGAUCAUCUGGUUACGGUCCAGGAGCUUCGGAGAAAUUUAUGUCACUAGCUCAAGAGCUGGCAUGGACAUGCUACAAUUUCUACCAAUCGACGCCUACGAAAUUAGCAGGGGAGAAUUAUUUCUUCCACACUGGGCAGGAUAUGUCUGUGGGUACUUCAUGGAACAUUUUGAGACCAGAAACAGUGGAAUCAUUGUUCUACUUGUGGCGCCUCACAGGAAACAAGACAUAUCAAGAAUGGGGUUGGAACAUAUUUCAAGCGUUCGAGAAAAAUUCCCGUGUAGAAGCAGGCUAUGUGGGGCUCAAGGAUGUGAAUACGGGCAUUAAAGACAAUAUGAUGCAGAGCUUCUUCCUUGCAGAAACCCUCAAAUAUUUGUAUCUUCUUUUCUCACCCCCAUCAGUCAUUCCCUUAGAUCAAUGGGUUUUCAAUACCGAGGCUCAUCCACUAAAAAUUGUACCACGGCUUGAAAGUGGCGAACAACGCGAUAGACCUGUUAUUCGACAGCGUGCUAGGAAGGAAGGCCGAAAUUAACCUUUGAACAGUUUUGAAAAGUUAAAACUCGAGAAUAUACGUACCAAGAUGAGAUAACAUUUUCAGCUAUGUUUUAAUUUGAGGAUUCGGUCCAACAGAUGGCUCGGAGCCCUUGAAACACCAUAUUGUUAACUGAAUUAGCUUCGCUUUCUAUCUUGUAGGCGUGUAAAGUUGAGAACUGUAAAUUUAGCUCUGUUGUCCGUUGUCAUACUUCAUGAGACAGACAUAUAAACUCAUGGUUGUAAUAUGUGCUUUUUGUGGGCUUGUUACGGCCUUAGGAAUAGCAUUUUAUACUUCAAAUUUGUACUUAAAUUUUGGGCAGAUCUUAAAAGUAGCCACCUAUAAUAUUUUGUACCUCUACAUUUUUAUGUUUUGUUAUUUUCUUAAAAGAAAGAAAAAGAAAGAAAAAUUAUUCUGAAUAAUACGAAUUUUCACUGAUUUCCCAACAAUAAUACGAACUUUCAAUUAACCAUGAAUAAAUACGAACUUUGACAUGUGUUUUCUGCUGGCAUAUUAAUUUAUCUGUAACCGGUAAAUGUGCUGAGUUCUUUUUAAUUUUUUUUUGCUUAUAAAAUUAUGGGAACGAAAGAGCUGCUUAUCCCUCACGCAGCUGGUGUAC